AUGACCGAGGGGAAUGGGUUGAGUCAGAGGAGGAGAUUGGAGCUGAGGCGGUACGAUUUGCUUCAGCAUAUCCCAAAAAUUCUGACCGAUGAGGAGAAUAGUUUGUUGGAGCAGGUACCCUCUGAGGAGGAGGUUCGGAGUGCGAUGUUUGCAAUGGAUGGAGAGAGUGCACCGGGGCCGCAUGGAUACACAGACAAAUUCUUUACGGCUGCAUGGUCAGUUAUUGGUAAGGAUGUGGUUAGAGCGGUGUGUAGCUUCUUCUGUGGAGUUGUGUUGCCACAUGCAGUUACAGCGACCUCCAUUGAGUUGCUCUCUAAUAUGGAGAGGUCUUCCAGAAAUGCCGAUGUUGCUUUAAAGUUGGAUAUGUCGAAGGCUUACGACUGUGUCUCCUGGAUAUUUUUUACUUCAAUUUUGAGAAGAUUUGGAUUUGGGGAGCAAUGGAUUGACAGGAUUUGGAGAUUAUUGUCGAAUGUCUGGUUCUCAGUCCUGGUCAACGGGUCGAGUGUGGGUUUCUUUAAGUCCACACGAGAGCUUCAUCAAGGGGACCCACUAUCCCCAGGGCUAUUUAUUGUCGGCACGGAGGUGCUGUCCCGCUCUUUAAACAAGUUAAUAGAGCAUUGGGAGUUUCAGUGCUUUUCAGUUCCGCCAAGAUGCCCUAGGAUUACUCAUCUCAGCUAUGCAGAUGACGUCUUGGUUUUCUCUAGUGCUUCGUCCUCCUCACUGCGAUGUGUCAUGCAGACGAUUAGGAAUUAUGAAAAUAUUGGGGCAGGAGAUUAA